AUGAGGAGGCCGGACUACACGGGAAAGGAGAGGGUAGUACUAAACCCUCACGCCAACAGCAGCAACAACAACAACGUUAACAGUAAUGUUAGUAAUAGUAGUGGGAUCAAUUAUAGGAAAGGUAGCAGCGGCAGCAAUAGCAGUAAUAAGGUGAGGAAGGGGCUGUGGUCGCCGGAAGAAGAUGAGAAACUGAUAGCGUACAUGUUGACGAAUGGGCAGGGGUGUUGGAGCGAUAUAGCCAGGAAUGCCGGCCUCCAGAGGUGCGGCAAGAGCUGCCGUCUCCGGUGGAUCAAUUACCUCCGCCCCGACCUCAAGCGCGGCGCCUUUUCCCCCCAGGAAGAAGAACACAUUCUCCAUCUCCAUUCCAUUCUGGGCAACAGGUGGUCUCAGAUUGCGGCAAAUCUUCCGGGACGGACGGACAACGAAAUAAAGAAUUUUUGGAACUCCACAAUAAAGAAACGAUUGAAAAAUAAUAACCUGCAGCAGUCUACUUCCUCACCAACCGACACCGAGUCAUCAGAUCAGCCUACUACUGUUACUGCAGCUGUAAUGGGAGGAGGGAUGACAAGGCCCAUGCAUGAGCAUGACAUGGGCAUGAACAACAUGUACAUGGACUCAUCAUCCACAUCAUCAUCCGCAUCAUCAUCCAUCACCAUGCAUGCCAUGGCUUCCACCAACAUGGGCAGCACCCUGUUUGAUCCUUUCCCCAUGCUCGACGACUGCUGCUAUGACAUGUCCGCUUGCAUGGGCAUGGGGGAUGGGGUUUAUGGGGAUUGCUAUAUUGGGAACAUGAUUGACGCAGAAAACGGUGAUUUAGGGUUUAUGCAGAGUGGGGUACUUUCUGAUGUUCUUCCUCCUCGUGAGAUGGAUGCCAGUAGAAGCGCUAAUUGCAAUAAUAAUAUUGGAGAGAGUAAUAGUAAUCGUAAUGUUAUGGGUGGUGCAAGCUGUGAGUACAAUUACGAGUUGAUGAAUAAUUGUUCGGGUGGUGGUGGGAUGAUGAGAAGCGGCAACAGAGUAGAGGAACUGUUAGGGGUUGGGAAUCAUUGGCAAGUGGAAAACUUAAAGAUGGGAGAAUGGGAUUUGGAGGGCUUAAUUGGAGAUGUGUCUUCCUUCCCUUUCCUUGAUUUCCAAGUUAAUUAAAUAGCUCUCUCUCUCUCUCUCUCUCUCUCUCUCUCUCUCUCUCUCUCUCUCUCUCUCUCUCUCUCUCUCUCUCUCUCUCUCUCUCUCUCCAUCCUUAUUCACAUAUUGGUCCCUCUCUCUCUCUCCCAACCUACCCAUCACCCCAUGCCACCUCUCUCUCUCUCUCUCUCUCUCUCUCUCUCUCUCUCUCUCUCUAAUCAAGCUGGCUAGCUAGCUACCACAAUAUAUACCCAUGUCAUAUAGGAAUUUUGGAGGAUAUAUCUCUCAAAUUACCAAAUAAUGCCCUUAAAAUCUUUUGCUUAUUACCGCAUAUAUGCAUUGCAUGCAUGUGCAUAAGCGUUUCUUGUCUAGCUCUUUCGAUCAAAAUCCAAAACCGAAGUACCAUCUCUAGCUAGAAGCCAUGCAUGCAUGAAACCCAAGUGCGAAAUUAAACAUUUGUUGGCUGGCUGGCUACUUGAUAUUUCUUUCAUUGUUGUAAGUAUUUUGGGUUGCGAUAUUGGAGGGCAGUUUGGAAAUUUUUCGGGAACUGGAAUCACUGGUCGGUGCAAUAAUCAUCAUUGUUUGGG